AUGAGAGCAGCGUUAUGCCUCAUGUGGGCUUUGACGUAUUUGGUUACGUCAGCCCACGCCAAGACCCAUACCUGGUGGUAUGAAUCUACCGAGGUUAAAGCGAAUCCCGAUGGUACCUAUGAGCGUAUUGUUCAUGGUUUCAACAACACUUGGCCAUUGCCCACUUUGAGAGUGAAGAAGGGUGACACUGUGAAUUUUUAUUUGAUCAAUGGUUUCGAUGACAGAAACACCUCUUUGCAUUUCCAUGGUCUUUUCCAGCACGGAAGUAACCAGAUGGAUGGACCUCAAUUUGUGACCCAAUGUCCAAUUCCUCCAGGUGAGACUAUGUUGUACAACUUUACCGUUCCAGACCAGGUUGGUACCUACUGGUAUCAUUCGCAUACUGGUGGACAAUAUAUGGACGGUAUGAGAGGUACAUUUAUCAUUGAAGACGAUGAGGAACCACCUUUCGAAUAUGAUGAAGAAGUUGUGUUGGAACUAUCCGAGUGGUACCACGAGCUGGUUGAUGAAAUGCUUCCUAACUUUUUGAACAGAUACAAUCCUACUGGUGCUGAACCAAUUCCUCAGAAUCUCUUGUUUAACAACACGAGAAAUAAUACCUGGAAUGUCGAACCAGACAAGACAUACUUUCUCAGAAUUAUUAAUGUUGGAGGGUUUGUCUCGCAAUACGUUUGGAUGGAAGACCAUGAAUUCACCGUGGUUGAAGUCGACGGUAUCUACGUCCAGCCCAAUACCACUGACAUGUUGUACAUCACUGUGGCACAACGUUAUGGUGUGUUAGUCAAGACCAAGAAGUCGACAGACAAAAACUAUGCGUUCAUGACCAAAUUCGAUGAUACCAUGUUGGAUGUGAUUCCAAAGGAUUUGUUGUUGAACUCCACCAAUUACAUUGUGUACAACGACUCGCUCGGUGUCAAAGAUGUCAAGGAAAAUUACGUUGACGCAUUGGACCCAAUGGAUGAUUUCUACUUGAGACCGCUCAACAACGAAACCUUGUUUGAUGACGCUGAUGUCACCAUUACCGUUGACGUUGACAUGAUCAAUUUAGGCAAUGGUGUCAACUAUGCUUUCUUCAACAAUCUUACCUAUACCACUCCAAAGGUGCCCACUAUUAUCACCGCCAUGACUGCAGGAAAAGACGCCAGUAACCCGUUGGUUUACGGAACAAACGUCAAUUCGUUUGUGGUUGAAAAAGAUGAGGUAGUUGACAUUGUGGUUAACAAUAUUGAUACUGGUAAGCAUCCAUUCCAUUUGCAUGGGCAUGUCUUCCAAUUGAUUGAAAGAUAUAAGGAGGUUCCUGACGAUCAGGAUCCAGUUGCUUACGAUCCUUCAAACCAUGCUGACUUCCCCGAGUAUCCUAUGAGCAGAGACACCGUUUACGUCAAUCCUCAAUCUUAUAUUGUUAUCAGAUUUAAGGCUGACAACCCCGGUGUGUGGUUCUUCCAUUGUCACAUUGAAUGGCAUUUGGAGCAAGGAUUGGCUCUUGUGUUGAUUGAGGCGCCUACAGAAAUGCAAAAUGACCCUAAUCAGGCUUUCACUGAUGACUUUAAGAGAACUUGUACCAAGAAUGGAAUUCCUCUCGAAGGUAAUGCUGCUGCAAACUCCAAAGAUUACUUGGAUUUAACUGGUGAAAAUGUCCAGCAUGGUCCAUUGCCUGCUGGCUUCACUGCCAGGGGUAUUGUGGCUUUGGUGUUCUCGUGUAUCGCUGCUGUGUUGGGAUUGAUUGCGAUCACCAUUUACGGUUUAUCGGAUAUUAACAACAUUGAGGAGAGAGUUGCCAGGGACUUGGAUGUUGAUAUCGUCCCAGAAGAUGACGCUAUUGAAGGCUCCUCCUCAGAAAUAAUUGAAACUUCAAAGUGA